AGAGGCAGUUGUCGCAUCAGUGUCCCGUUUAGAAGUUUGAGACCCCCACCGGCCAUUGCUUCUCUUCGCAAACCUUCCACUUCCAUCUUUCUUUAAUUCUUUCUCUGUGUGUUUGUUUGGAUUUUGCAGGCUUCGGCAUCGGCAUGGCAGAUUGGGGGCCGGUUGUGAUAGCGGUGGUGCUGUUCGUGCUGCUCACCCCAGGGCUGCUGUUUCAGAUCCCAGGCAGAGGCAAGGUGGUGGAGUUCGGGAGCAUGCAUACCAGCGGAGCUGCCAUUUUAGUCCACGCCGUCAUCUUCUUCGGCCUCAUCACCAUCUUCCUCAUCGCCAUCGGCGUUCACAUCUACACCGGCUAAACCAGAUCCCGCUUCCUCGUUUUCUCUCUUCUUCAUUAAUUUUCAGUCGCUAUUACCCUGUUCCUAUUGCUCUGUCUGUCUGUCUGUAUGUCUACUUUUUUUCCUUCUAAUUUUUGGGGGUUUAUAUUGAAUGGACUGAAUUUGUUGUUAUGUUAUACAGAUACUUGUAUUAAACGGUAUGGUAAAUAGACUACUGGUUUUUUCCCUCGUUGGAA